GUACAACAAGAUGCGUCAAUUCAACAUUUCGGUCAUUGGACUAUCCGGGACCGAAAAGGAUCGCGGCCAGGUUGGCGUCGGCAAAUCAUGCCUAUGCAACAGAUUUAUGCGGCCGAUGGCCGAUGAUUAUUUUAUAGAUCACAUAUCAGUGCUCAGUCAGAGCGAUUUUAGCGGUCGGAUUGUGAACAAUGAUCACUUUCUGUACUGGGGCGAGGUGCGCAAGACAACGGACGAGGGUGUUGAAUAUAAUUUCAAUAUUAUCGAGCAAACGGAAUUCAUGGAUGAUUCCACAUUCCAAGCCUUCAAAGUGGGCAAAAUGGAUCCAUAUCUGAAACGCUGCACCGCCACCAAAGUCUUCUCUGCGGAGAAACUCAUGUACAUAUGCAAGAAUCAGUUGGGCAUCGAGAAGGAGUACGAACAGAAGGUCAUGCCGGAUGGCCGGCUGAGCAUCGAUGGCUUUGUGGUUGUCUUCGAUGUGAGUCCAGUGCCAAAUCGUAGCGUCGAGAAGCAGGUGGAGUUUGUCCAGAAUGCCAUUGCAAAUAUAUUGAAAAACAAGAAGCCGCUGGUGCUGGUGACCACCAAGAACGACGAUGCCUACGAGCUGUAUGUGCGCGAGGCGGAAAAGAUUAGCCAGCGCAAGGACUACAAGAGCACCGUGCAGCUGAUCGAGACAUCGGCACACGAGAGCAUCAAUAUUGAUUUGGCCUUUCUGAUGCUUGCCCAGAUGAUUGACAAGGUGAAGAAUCGCGUGAAGAUCAUUUCGUAUCAGGAAUCGGCCAAGUCGCGCAAGGAACUGCUCGAUAUACGUUCCGAGGCCGUGACGCGGCUGAUACGCAACCAAAUCACAGACUAUCACAUAUUGUGGUCGCAGGGCUCCAAGAUGCUAUCGCAGUUCCGCGAAUGGAACGAGUUCCUCAACAUAUUCGGACACGAGGCCGGCCAGAAGCUAUUCCGUCGCCACAUGAAGAAGCUGCGCGACGAUCAUCUCAACAAGAAGCUGCAUCAGUAUUUAGAUAAAUUCGCCCUUGCCCUCGAGUAUCUGUUGCCGGACAUCAGUGCCCUCAACAUAAGCGACGACGACGCGUGGGAAUGCGCCCGCAAUUAUCUACAGAAUCACAUUGAGUUCGAGCAGUAUUUCUUUGAGUGCCCACAGGCCACCUGGACGGAGCUGCUCGAUAUGGACGAGGCCGAGGAUGAGGCGCGCAUACCCUUCGAUGUGCUCGAGACCAAUGAGGCGGAGACCGUAUUUCGCAAUUACUUGAAUUCGGUGCAGCAGGACAAAAAGAAAAUCGGCUGGAAGCAGCAGUUCAAGAUGCUGCUGGAGGAAUCUGGUUUUGUGACGCCCGGCAAACAGUUGUCGGAGGUGCGUGUCCUGUUCAUGGGCAGGGAGUGCUUUGAGGCGCUGUCCGAGCACGAUUGCCAGCAAAUCUAUGAUAUACACCAGGACGAGAUCAUUGAGAAGAGCAAACAGAACUUCGUUGAGCUGCUGCUGGAGCAUGCGCAAUAUUUUCUUCAGUUCAAGAACGUGGACAUUAUCACACAGGAGGAUGUCAGACAGAUCACGGAUGUCAUACAGGAGGAUUCGCGCUACAAGAUGCUCGAUCGCCUCGAUCAGGAGCGACGCGUCAUGCUGGUGCAGCAUUUACGCUUCAUACACUGUCCCAUACGUGAUCAUUGCCCGUUCUUCAACAACUGUGUGGACAAUCUGAUUGAGGAGGUGCUCUCCGACAAGUCGGCCGCCAAUCAUAAGACGUUGGGCGGCGGCGGUAAUGUUGGCGGCUGGAAGACCACCGGCAAUGGCAGCGAACGCACAUUGAAUCUGUUGAUUGUGGGCUCCGAGCAUUUGGCCAGCGAUCUGCUCAACGACAUACGCAUCUGUACGGGCAGCAAGGGCGAGUAUAUCUAUGAGAAGCAAACAUAUUAUCUCAAUUAUCGCAUUGCCAAUGGCGACAUGGAGGCAUUCAAGGCCAUCGACGUUUACUCGAGCGGUCUUAUUUGCGUCUACUCCAAUCAGCAAUCGUUUGAGACGCUCAAGGACAAUUUGGAGCGCACGCUGCUAUGCAAUCUGGAGCUGGAGGACAAAUUUGAGAACUUGCCCAUUGUGCUGGUCUAUCAGCCGCAGGAUCUGAAGGAGAACGAAGUCGAGUAUCUGCGCAGCGAGGGCAUGCGUCUAUCCGAGAUGUUGCAUUGCGAUUUCAUCGAUCAUACGCAGAAUCAUCAGAAAUAUGUCUACGAUAUACUCAAUAUAGUCAUACUCUCACUGAAGCUAAGCGAAAUGAAAAGCUACGAGCCGUAUCCAUCGUCCAAUCAUACAGAUCUUCGCAUACUUGUCUGCAUCUAUUGCGGCGAUCAAUAUGAUAUUGAGAACAUUGUUCAGCCCCUGCUCGCCGAGUCGACGCUGGUCAAGGCCAAUGAGCAUUGCAUAAUUGUCGAUGUAUUCAUUGGGGAUGCCAAGCGGCGUGUGGAAUUCAUAUUGUCCUCGUACCAUGGCACCAAUCAGUAUCGGGAUGAGCUAAUACAUGGCUAUAUAUACAUCUAUUCGGCCAAACGACGCUCCUCGCUGGCCAAUCUCAACAUUUUGGCCGCCCAGAAUGCCAACAUUCCAUUGCAGUUGGUCGCUGUGACGGAGAGCGGCGGUGUUAAUGCAUUUUUCAACAAUGAAAUCUGCCAGUUUCUCAUCACCGAGGGCAAUGCAUUGGCCGAUCGCUACAAGGGCAGCUUCAUGACCUUCUCAGCGGAUCAAUAUGUCAAGUUUGCCUUUUAUAAUCCAUUCCUGAAGACCGCCUGGGAUAACAAAUACGAGGUGGAGAAUCUGCAUGUGGAGGAGUCAAUUACUUUAGAUUCGGGCGAGGGUACGCUUGAGAAUUCGGUUAAUCAAAUGCCACGUCCGCCGCCGCGGCACGAAAGCUAUAUGCUAUCCAAUACGCUGGGCACCGAUGGCUCCGGCAGUGAGAAUUACGAAAUGCUUCCUACACGAUCUCUCAACUCAUUAAAUGAAGAAAGAGAUAUAUCACUAGAUGAAAUCUAUGAUGACAACAACGAAAAACCCAAACACCUGCAUCAAACGGAUGUCAGCGGGUCAAAGGAUUCAUUGGCCACCCAUGAUGCAGAAUGGCUGGAGGAUAAGAGCGAUGCGCGUCGCAACACGAACAAGAACUCGAUUUGGAAUAAUUUCAGCGGUUCGACGCAUGCGUAUACAACCGGCCGGAGGCAUAUUGAUUCCAAUUUGAAUAAGAUACGGCCGAAGGGUCCGAGCCAAACGCUGAAGGUGGGUGAAGCGCCCAGUCGCAACUGUGCCAUGAGCUCCUCAACUUUCACGCUACCCACACAGCAACCGGGCAAGCUGAAUAUGAAGAACUUUCAGCUGGUCAGCGAUGCGGUCGCCAAGAUGAACUUCACCAGCAGCGGCAGCAUGGCUGACUCCUAUAUGGCUGGCUGUGAGCCCGGCUGUGAGAAGGAUCCCAAACGCUAUGAUCAUGCCCAGCUCGAUGGCGAGGACGAGGACUCCGAGGAGCUGGCCGAGUACGAGCAAAUCUAUGAAAACGAAGACUGCACCGAGUCGGAUAGCUGCGCUAGUUCCACGGAGCGUCGCGUGCGCCAACAGAAUGCGUAUUAUAAGGCCAACAAGAAGGCGGCAACCACCAAGAAGAACAAAAAGAAGAAGGUCGCCAUACCGGUGCAGACGCCACGUGUACCGCCAUUUGGCGCCUACGUGAGUCCCCCAGAGAUUCCGUUGCACUAUCAGCGCAUGGCCGCCGUUGCAGCUGCAGGUGAGAAAAAAAAAGCCGAGGCUGGCGUCGUGCCCGAGUUUAUGAAGAGCGACAAAUCGCCAGAGUACUCAAUGGUGCCGGAACUGACGGCGGCGGGCAUAUUUGGUGCUGAGAAUUUGCCCGAAUACAAUAUGAAUGCCAAAUGCAUGAAGGACUUUGAGAAACUGGAGAAGCGUCGCAUCAAAGAGGAGACGGCACGAUUGCGCAAACUGCAGGAGAAGGAGAAGGAGCAGGAGAAGAAGCUCAAGCGCAAGCUCAAACAGAACGCCAAAGGCCUGACCGAAACAACAGAGGCGCAAUUUGGCAAGCUAAUGAUCACCUCCGACAAGGAUGAGAUACCCAUCUUUCUAAUCAAAUGCGUUGAGUUCAUCGAGAAGGAGGGUCUCGAUUCGGAGGGCAUCUACCGUGUGCCCGGCAGCAGAGCGCAUGUCGAUAUGCUCUUUCAGCGCUUCGAGGAGGAUACCAAUACAGUUAUUGACGUGCUGGACAUUCCGGUGAAUGCGGUGGCUACCGCGCUGAAGGACUUCUUCUCUAAACGCUUGCCGCCGCUCUUUAGCAAGGAUAUUAUCAAGGAACUGGAGGAGAUUGCCGGCUCCCGCGGCGUCGGCUCAUCCAAACUGAACGUGGAGGUGAAAACCGAUCGCAGCUGCCGUUUAAUAGCUUUAAAAUCAUUGCUACAGAAAUUACCACCCAUCAAUUUUGCCAUACUCAAAUAUAUAUUCCAGCACUUUGUGCACGUCUCGGACAACUCGAAGUUGAACAGCAUGGAUAGCAAAAAUCUGGCCAUCUGCUGGUGGCCCACAUUGAUACCCAUUGAUUUUACGGAUAUGGGACACUUUGAGCAGCUGCGCCCAUAUUUGGAGGAUAUUGUCCAAACGAUGAUCGAUCAAUUCCCUUAUCUAUUCUGUGGCAAAGACGCAUUCGUUAUGGUUUAGGCUAGGCUAACAGAUCGAAGCGAGACGACACCAAAACGAAAGAGCCAGCAAUAGGAGGCCAGCAGCCAAAACAGUAGGCCCCAUAUAGGAUGCAUGGAAAGAACCCAUCGAUCGAUUUAAAGAUCUUAAAGAAUACAAAAACAAAACAAAACAAAAAAAUCAUGAAUUAUAUGUAAUUGAAAGCCAGGCAGCAAGUCGCGACAAAUUGUCGUCAAAUUUUGUAAACGCAACAGUAUGAAAAUGCAUAUUUACUCCAAACAAUAUAUAUAUAUAUAUGCAAUUACAUAUAUAUAUAUAUAUAUUAUAUAUAUAUAUAUAUAUAUAUAUUUAUACCAUUUAUAUGUAUAUUUGAAUGUGUGUGUCUGUAAAGUAUUUGGCAUUGCAAAAAGUAUAAACCAAUUAGUUAAGUAGGGUAUAUUUAUUUUUUAUAUAUGUAUAUGUAUAACUCUAUAUAUAUAUAUAUAUGUAUAUGUGUAUGUAUGUGUAUAUGUACAUUUAUACAUUAUACAUAUACAUAUAUAUGCAUAUUAUAUUUUGUAUUAAUGGCUUUGUUGUGUUUCCGUGAUAUAUGUAAACGCAUAGGGUUUUGCGCGCCGAAACGCCGCCCGAUCUAUAGUUCCAUAUGAUCUAUAUAAAUACAUAUGUAUAUAUGUAUAUGGUUAUCUGUAUAUAUGUAUGUAUGUAUGUGUUUAUUUCGCCGACGGGAUAGGGCAGCGCGGGGCGCAAAUUUAAACAAAUUUAUUAAUUGUGUAUUGUAUGUUAAAAUGUAUGUUAAAACAAAACAAAAACAAAAACAAAAAAUCAAGUAAACUAAAGCAUUACGAAUGAUAUAUUAUAUACAUAUAUGUAUAUGUAUGCUAGAUUUAUAUAUAUAUAUAUAUAUGCAUAUGUCUAAUUAAAAAGAAGAAGCAGAGGCAACUUGAGCAAGCAGCAAAACAAGCCACAAAAAAACUUAAGAUUAAAAAAAGAAAAACAAAAUGCAAAAACAAUUUCCAGCUACUAAAUGUGAAUCUCUUUGUAUGUGUGUGUGUGUGCGUGUGCGUAUUUUGAGUGAGAAAGAGUAUGUGUGUGUGCGUGUGUAUGUGAAAGCAUGCUUGUUCUUCUACGUGUAUUUAUAUGUAUAAGAAACUUUAAAUAUAUACACACACACACAUAUAUAUAUACAUACAUAUAUAUAUAUGUGUCUAAAAGAUGAAAUGUAUUAAGUAUUAGCGCUAAAUGAUAUGGUAUAUACCCCGCCCCUUCAGCCGCCCAACCCUGGCCCCUUCCCACUCACAGGAUCAAUAUUGCAAGCAAAAACAAAAAAACAAAAACAAAAAUAAUUAAAAUCUUUGUCUCUAGCUCUCAGCUAUUAUAAAUGUGUGCUCUACUCUACAUAUGAAAAACAAAAACAAAACGAAAAAAGAAAAAAAAAAAACAUUACAUAUACAACUGCUAUACAUACAUACAUAAAUAUAUAUAUAUGCAUAUAUGCACUUAUAUUCAUAUAUGUGUAUGUAUAUAUGUAUUUUAACUAAAUAACAAAACAAAAUAUACAAAAAAGAAGAAAAAGAAAAAACAAAACAAAACGAAACGUAGGCAACAUAAGCGUAAGUGUUAUUUCUUGUAAUUGAGCAUUAAUUUUUUAUAAACCUAAUUAUAUAAUUGUGUAUCUUGUGUCUGAACGGACCUCAAACUUAAAAGCAAACAAAACAAAAUGCAAAAAAACGAAAAUGACAUCAAAAAACAAAAAAAGCGAAAAAUCAUUUUAAAGCAAAAUGCGCGAA